AUGCGCACCCCGAGGCAGCAGGUGGCGGCCCCAGCGCCGGAGUCCCGGCCACCCACGUGCAAGACCCAGGUCGGGUUCUGGGCUCCCCCGGGCUCAGCCCAGGCUGCUGGGGACGUCUGGGCGGCGAACCAGAACGGGCAUCUCCGUUUCUCUCAAAUUCAUAAAAUAACUCGAAAGUGCUGUGUUUCCAUCGCUCUUUUAUUUAUACCCCACACAUUACCUGUUCUCGAGAGACUAACACCACCAAGCUGGAGACUCACCGCAGACGACACCGGCGUCCGAGAACAUUCUAGCAGCACGGGGGGCCCCCGCAGGCGCUGCGGGCGGCCCAGGGCACCCGUCCCGCACACCGCCCGGCCCGUGACGGCCCCGCGCCCGCCCAGACGCGGGGAGCCCGGGCUCGGCUCGCGCCGUCACCGCCCGGCCCCGCCGAGCGCGGAGCCGGGGGAGGAAGCCGCGGGGAGGCCCCUCGCGGCCCGCCAGCGCCCCGCCCCCGGCGAAUCCCCGGCGGCCCUGCCCCGCCCCGGGCUCAGGCCGGACCUCGACGCUCCCGCAGCCGGCGGCCACGUACCUGAGGCGCCCGGUCCGCCGCCGCCGCCGUCGCCGCCCCCGCGCGCCGCCCACCGUGCGCCUGCGCGCGGUUCAAACCCCGGGCCGCGGCGCGCGCCUCUCGGCCUGGCCCCUUCCCGUCCCGGGCGGGCCGCCCCUGGGUCCUAA